GAACCGGACAUACAUUUGAAAUGGCGGGACUUCCUUGAAAGUCGAAAACGAAAACCUAAGUCGCCGUUACAGUCUUUCUUCAAGCUUCAGCUUCAGGGUGACUGUCAUAUCGGCCUCAGAAGACCCCGGCAGAUGCUCUCUUUUGUUUAUUGUGCAUUUUCGCGACUGCCUCGUUUGAAUGGAUUCGGAAGAAUAUCUUCGAUUCAGCUUCUUCUUCCUUCCCUCCGCCAGAAUGGGCGGAGAGAUGCUGUGGAUUCUGUUGAGAUGCAUGCACAUUGCAUUUCUUCUGUAGCUGAUGUGCCAGAUUAUGAAUGUGAUAAACUCCAUGAUGAUGUCAAAGCAGUGGAGAAAGAUGCUGCAUUGCGUCUGGCACUAUCUCGGCUAGCUGGUGAUUUUGGUAGAGAAUCUAUGUUAUCGUUGGAGAGCUUUUUCCGUUCACGAUAUGCCCCUGUUAUACCUACUGGUUCUUUAAAGCUUGAUCUAGCUCUUGGGAUUGGAGGAUUACCAAAGGUGAUUUACUGAAGAUUGCCGCGCAUU